UUUGUUUACUUCCUUUGGUUUAGGGCCAUAAUGGAGCCACCAGUGAAGAGCGAGGUCAUUCUCUCAGUUUACAUCAUUACCUUCCUCAUCGGCCUGCCAGCCAACCUGCUGUCUCUCUACGCCUUCAGCGUUAAGAUCCACUCCAAGCCACUUCCAACAGACAUCCUGCUCCUCAACCUGACCGUCUCCGACCUGCUCUUCUUGAUCGUUCUUCCUCUCAAGAUGCACGAGGCAGCUUCAGGCAUGGAAUGGCAUUUACCCGGCUUCAUGUGCUCCAUCACCUCCUUCACCUUCUUCUCCACAAUCUACACCAGCUCCUUGCUGCUGAUGGCAGUCAGUGUGGUGCGCUACAUUGGUGUAGCUUACCCCGUCACCUAUCAUCAGCUGCUCAAACCUGUGUACGCGAUCAUUGUCAGUGCUGUAAUAUGGCUGAUCUCAACAGCACACUGCAGCAUUACUUUCAUCACCCAACACCACCCGUCCCUGUCCAGCAAUGACUCCAACGUCUGCUACGAGAACUUUACUGACAAGCAGUUGCAGAUCCUCCUCCCAUUACGUUUGGAGUUUUUCAUCGUGCUUUGCCUCAUACCUCUUCUAAUUUGUGUUUACUGCUACUUGCGCUGCAUUCUGAUCCUGUACAGCCGCCCCAGGAUAUCCCGCAUGCAGAAGCAGAAGGCCAUCGGCAUGGCCAUGGGGACUCUGGCUGUCUUCCUCAUUUGUGUGUUUCCAUAUAACUUCUCUCAUGUGAUGGGUUAUAUCCAAGGUGAGAGUCCAAAAUGGAGGUACUACACCUUGCUGCUCAGCACCUUCAACACCUGUAUUGAUCCCAUCAUCUUCUACUUUUCCUCCUCUGCUUUCCGCUGCACUAGUAAAAAGUCAGUUUUCAGGAAGCAUGUGAUCACUGUUUCAGCAUUACAAAGGCCAGCCACAAGCUCUGGCUGAGUGUAACAUGUGCUUUCAAUACAAUAUGUGCAAUUAUGUCUUCAAUGUUAUUAUACGACUGUAUGUUAUGGACAUUAUAUCAGGAUGUGUACAGAUUGCCUUGACAGUUUAGUUUGGUUUAGUUUUGGGAAAACACAGAUAUUUCCAUGAGGUUUGGCCUCUCAUUUACACAAAAUCCCCGUUUUUAUCACAGAAAACGAUUAUUUCUAAAAACUCCGGGCAAAGUGGAGAAUUUGGAAAACUCCGGUUAUGUGUUGUCGUGUCAACUGGAAGAAACAAACGGGGUUUUAGUUUCUCACGCUCAUUCUAUGCACCGCUGUCUGUCCACACGAAAGAAUCUCGCGCCAUAUUAGUUGUUUUGAAAGGAACAGGAAGUCGCUCGUGUUAUUCGUUGUUGUUGAUUCUGAGGAUUCUGAUUGGCUUGCAUGGCUUUAUCCUUCUCCCUACACUGCCGCCCAUAUAAUAGGUUUGGCAUAGUUAUAAUGGCGCUGGACGGCAUAUUUAUGCGGGUUGAUGUAAAUGACAACUUUUUUGAAAAUGGAGGGGGGGAAAUAUUCGUUUCUCUAAAUACCCUGCUAUGUAUAAAUGUGGCCUAAGUUUUGCAGGCCACUGGGUAACAAAAUAUCAUUAUAUAUAUCCUGCUCAAAGGGACUAAGCUGCUUUCCAAACCAAACAAUUGUAGAUACUUUCAUGACAAAACUACAAGACAUGUUUGAUGCAUAAACAAAAUUUACAGUAAAUUCUUAAUUUCUGUAUUUCGGUAUUGAUAUUCUUUGCAGCCUUGACAAUAUUAUUUCCUGUUUACUUUAACGUGGGCAGACAACUCUGAUAUGCACAGAAUCGUCUAUUGUAUAGUUAAGAAAAAAAGUUAUUUGGUGUAAAUAAAAGUGCCUCAUGAACGAGUACAAAGCUAAGACUUGAGACUGUACUAACUAAGAAUCUCUGUAAAUAAAAUUCAGCAAAAAAGUCUUCUAUUGGUGAUUUAAUUGUGUACUUUUAAAGAUUGACAGAGCUGUUGUAAGAGAUGACUCCUUUAUUUUGAACAAACCUGAAAGAAACUCCCAGCCUAGUAUGUUGGACAACAGUCACCAAGGAGCUU